UGUGGCUCUGCACUAAGGCCCUUCCCCCCGCGGGCUUUGGAGCCCUAUGCCCCCUCCGGCGAGCCCGGGGGCCCGGCUGGGGGCGGCUCGCGGUAGCUUCCGGGAUGCUGCUGGUUCUGCUGCUUGCUGCCUGUUGGGGGCGGGGGGUGCUGUCUGGCAACCCCCCAGGCCCGGCGGUGCACAGCCUGCGAGGGAGCUGGUGGCUGGGCAGCGGGAACGGCUCGGUGGUGCUGAGAGGGGAUGUGCCCGGCUGCGUUCACACGGCCUUACUCCGCCAGGGCCUCAUCCAGGAUCCUUACUAUAGGUUUAAUGACCUGACCUACAGAUGGAUCUCCUUGGAUAACUGGACUUACAGCAGGACAUUCAAAACCCCUUUUGAUGUCAGCAAAUGGCAGAAAGUGAAUUUGGUUUUCGAGGGAGUAGAUACAGUAGCGCAAAUCCUGAUCAAUAAUGUCACUGUUGGGAGAACGGACAACAUGUUCAACAGAUAUAGCUUUGAUAUUACCAGUGUAAUCAAGGAGGUCAAUUUUAUUGAGGUCCAUUUCUUAUCAGCCAUUUCAUAUGGAGCAAAGCAGAGCAGAUCUCACAGAGCAUACAGUGUGCCUCCACAGUGCCCUCCACCUGUGCAGAAAGGGGAGUGCCAUGUUAAUUUCAUCAGAAAGGAACAAUGUUCAUUCAGUUGGGACUGGGGUCCCUCUUUUCCCACUCAAGGAAUUUGGAAAGAUGUUAGAAUUGAAGCCUAUAACCUUUGUCACCUGAUCUACUUCACUUUGACCCCCAGCUAUGUGAAGAGUGCUCAGCAGUGGAGUCUUGAAAUAGAGUCUGUUUUUGAUGUAGUCAGCUCAAAGCCAGUUGUUGGUCUCGUGACAGUGAACAUUCCUAAGUUGCAAACACAGCAAACAUAUACUACAGAACUUCCUCCUGGAGAAGCCAGAAUUGUGCUGCUUGUAAACAUCAGUAAGAGUACUACAGUGCAGACUUGGUGGCCUAGUGGCCACGGAAACCAAACUGGAUAUGACAUGACAACAACUUUCAACAUGGGGGCAGGAUACAAGAUUGAGAAAUUUUCAAAGGCUUAUUUUCGAACAGUGGAACUGGUUGAGGAGCCUAUACCUGGUUCACCAGGCCUGAGUUUCUACUUCAGGAUCAACGGACUCCCCAUCUUCAUUAAGGGAUCCAACUGGAUUCCAGCAGAUUCUUUCCAGGACAGAGUUUCCUCUGAUAUGUUAAAGCUCAUCUUGCAGUCCACAGUUGAUGCUAACAUGAAUGCGCUUCGUGUAUGGGGAGGAGGGGUAUAUGAGCAAGAUGAAUUCUAUGAUAUCUGCGAUGAACUAGGAAUAAUGAUUUGGCAGGAUUUUAUGUUUGCAUGUGCCCUUUACCCAACUGACCAGAACUACUUAGAAUCAGUAAGAGCAGAGGUUACUCAUCAGGUGAAGAGAUUAAAAUCUCACCCAUGCAUCAUUUUAUGGAGCGGAAACAAUGAAAAUGAGGCAGCUAUUGCAGGCAACUGGUUCUCUAUACCACAAGAUAAGAUGAAAGUUUAUAUCCUAGAUUAUGUGAAACUUUAUGUGAAGAACAUCCAAGAAAUUGUUAUUGCUGAGGAUAAGAGUCGUCCUUAUAUUACAUCCAGUCCCACAAAUGGCAAGGAGUCUGUUAAAGAAAGAUGGCUCUCCCAAAAUCCUUAUGACACCCAUUAUGGUGACACUCACUUUUAUGACUAUCUCAGUGACUGCUGGAACUGGACAGUGUAUCCUAAAACUCGGUUUGCCUCAGAGUAUGGAUUUCAGUCCUGGCCUUCCUUCAGUACAUUGGAAAAGGUCUCCUCUACAGAGGACUGGUCUUAUACAAGCAAUUUCUCCCUCCAUCGACAGCACCAUGCAGCUGGUAACAACCAAAUGCUUCAUCAGGCUGGACUUCACUUCAAGCUGCCCCAGAACACAGAUCCCCUAAAACUGUUCAAAGAUACAAUUUACCUCACUCAGGUUAUGCAAGCCCAGUGUAUAAAGGCAGAAACAGAGUUCUAUCGACGUAGUCAAAGUGAGAUAAUCAAUGGAGAGGGACAUACAAUGGGAUCACUCUACUGGCAGCUCAAUGACAUCUGGCAGGCUCCUUCAUGGGCUUCUCUAGAGUAUGGGGGCAAGUGGAAAAUGCUCCAUUACUUUGCCCAGCAUUUCUUUGCCCCACUGUUGCCUGUGGGAUAUGAAGAUGACGGCGUGCUGUACAUCUAUGGUGUGUCGGAUCUUCAUUCAGACUGUGAGUUGACGCUCCAAGUCACUUUGCACCGGUGGAGUUCUAUGGAGCCAGUGUGCACUCUUGCUAAAGAGGGUGUGACCCUUAAGGCAGGGAGUGCUGCCCCAAUUUACAAAGAGCCUAUAAAUGACCUGUUGAAAAGAUGUGGGAACUGUACCAGGCAAAGCUGUGUUGUCACCUUUUACCUUAUGGGAAAAGGCGAGCUCCAUGGUCCUGGCAACUAUCACUUCUUAUCUUCGCUGAAGGAUGCGGUGGGAUUGGAGAAAGCAAAGCUCAGUGCCACUAUUUCUCAGCAAGGUGACCUGUAUGCUUUUGUUCUGCAGACCACAGCAGUCACUCCUUUUGUUUGGCUGGAUGUAGGGAAUAUACAAGGGAGGUUUAAUGACAACGGCUUUCUCAUGACUGAAAAGAGAAAAGUUGUGGUAUUUUAUCCGUGGGAGCCCGUCAGCAUCGAGGAACUCGAAAAAUCACUCAGCUUGACUUCACUGAUGGACAUUUACUGAGGAAAUCUCAUGUCCUCUGUAGGAAAUGCUUCCUGUAGUGGUAGCAGAAUAGAAACUGGAAAACUUCAAAGGAGUAUAACUAGGGCUCCGUGUUUGUCACAGAGGUUGUGGAAGGCACGGAUUCGAUGACUUUCCGUGACCUCCAUGACUUCUGUGAUGGCCAGUGUGGCUGACCCCAGGGCUGCCCAAGCAGCUGGCUCCAGGGUCAGCUGCUCAGGUGACCCCAGGGACAACAACACUGGCCACUGCUGGAGCAGUACCUUACCCAGCCUCUUGGGCCUGCAGCGACCCCGUGCAGGCGCCCCCCCAGCAGUAACAUGCUCCCCCUGCCCCAAGAUUUAGCAGUAUAGUAAAAGUCAUGGACAGGUGACA